AAGAAAAAACCCAGUUGGGUCGGUUACUGCGUUUCGUGUUAAAACAGACAGUUAAAUCCAGUCUCGUUUUACUUUGUACAGUAAACAUUUUGACCCAAAAAUUUCUUAACGAUUCCCUUAAAAAAUUUCGCAACAUAAAUCUUACUACUAUAUGCUUUGACUUAUUGGUAUUGAAGUUUUAGAUCAGUUAUGCAUGUGUCAACUUUUGGCGUUGAAGAAUCAAAGGGUGAAAUCAGAAUCAGAAUCAGAAGCAGAAGAGAGUGAUGAGCAGCUGCUUCGGUUUGAGGUCUGAUCCAGCUAUCAUGGAAACCGAGCUGACUAGUAACAGAGGAAGGAGUUUUGGUAUCAUUUUUGGUUCUACGGUUAAGCCUAGACCCCUCAGAUUUCAACCUUCUGAUGAAGAUGUUGAGGAUCUUAUCUCCAAUAAAGCUCCUGGAAGACUUUCUGGAACUGUUUUUCCAUAUGUUGGUGUUGCUUGCCUGGGUGCAUUUUUAUUUGGUUAUCAUCUUGGGGUGGUAAAUGGGGCUCUUGAGUACCUUGCCAAGGAUCUUGGAAUCGCUCAAAACACUGUGCUUCAAGGAUGGAUUGUCAGCAUGUUACUUGCCGGUGCUACUGUCGGUUCUUUUACUGGUGGAGCAUUGGCUGACAAAUUUGGUCGAACCAGGACUUUUCAGUUGGAUGCAAUCCCUCUAGCAAUUGGAGGAUUUCUUUGUGCUACGGCUCAAAGUGUUCAAACAAUGAUCAUUGGCCGCUCGUUAGCUGGUAUAGGAAUUGGCGUUGCGUCUGCAAUAGUACCACUGUACAUAUCUGAGAUUUCUCCAACUGAAAUCCGUGGCGCACUUGGAUCUGUUAAUCAACUUUUUAUAUGUAUUGGGAUUCUUGCAGCACUAGUGGCCGGUUUGCCUCUGGAAGGAAAUCCGACGUGGUGGCGCACAAUGUUUGGAAUUGCAGUAGUUCCAUCUAUUCUGUUAGCUCUUGGAAUGGCAAUUUCUCCAGAGAGUCCCCGGUGGCUUUAUCAGCAAGGGAAAAUCUCUGAAGCUGAAAAGGCUAUUAAAACAUUAUAUGGAAAAGAAAUAGCUGGUUCGGUUAUGCAGGACUUGGCAGCUGCAAGUCAAGGUUCUUCUGAAUCUGAAGCAGGAUGGUUUCAACUGUUUAGUAGACGAUAUUGGAAAGUUGUCAGCGUUGGCGCAGCACUUUUCUUGUUCCAACAAUUGGCUGGAAUAAAUGCAGUGGUUUAUUAUUCAACUUCUGUCUUUCGCAGUGCUGGGAUUGCUUCAGAUGUUGCAGCAAGUGCGCUGGUUGGUGCAUCAAAUGUUUUUGGCACUGUUAUUGCUUCGUUCUUGAUGGACAAAAAAGGAAGGAAAAGUCUCCUUAUCACUAGCUUUAGUGGGAUGGCUGCUUCUAUGUUGCUUCUAUCCGUGUCUUUUAGUUGGAAAGUCCUUGCACCAUACUCGGGCAUCCUUGCAGUCCUCGGGACUGUCCUUUAUGUAUUAUCCUUCUCUCUUGGAGCUGGUCCUGUGCCUGCCCUUCUUCUACCAGAAAUAUUUGCAUCAAGAAUCAGAGCAAAAGCCAUUUCUUUGUCAUUAGGCACACAUUGGAUUUCGAACUUCAUGAUAGGGCUCUAUUUCUUGAGUGCUGUAAACAAGAUUGGUAUCAGCACUGUAUAUUUGGGGUUCUCAACUGUGUGUCUCCUUGCUGUCUUGUACAUAGCUACUAAUGUUGUGGAAACAAAGGGUCGCUCAUUGGAAGAAAUUGAAUGUGCUCUUACUCAUACAAUAACUUAGAAUUUUUGUACCACAUACUUUGCUGCUAAUUUUCUUGAUGUAGUAAUUACUAUAAUUUUUAUCUUAUAUUUACCCAUUUAUUAAAUUUACAAGUUCUUAAA